AUGGGUGAGAAAACUGAGGCACAGAGGAAUGAGGUGAAUUGUGUGAGGAGGAAAUGCAAGGCUCAUGGCACUAACUCCUCUGGGGCCACAUGGCCUGCUGUGAGGGAGGCCUGCCUGGGACUGCAGGCUGGCCCAGGAGACUGGAUUCAGAGAGACAGCCAACCAAGGAGACCUGCUCUGUCCUCCUCACUACUCCUGUCUGUUGUUUGUCUCCUAGUCAAGCCCACAGUGACGGUGUACCCUGCAAAGACCCAGCCCCUGCAGCACCACAACCUCCUGGUCUGCUCUGUGACCGGGUUCUACCCAGGCCACGUGGAGGUCAGGUGGUUCCGGAAUGGCCAGGAAGAGGCGGCGGGGGUGGUCUCCACAGGCCUGAUCCCUAAUGGAGACUGGACCUUCCAGACCAUGGUGAUGCUUGAAACGGUUCCUCAGAGUGGAGAGGUCUACACCUGCCGAGUGGAACACCCCAGCCUGACGAGCCCCGUCACAGUGGAAUGGAGGGUAUGGUCUGAAAAUGCACAGAACAAGAUGCUGAGUGGACUUGGGGUCGUCCUGGGAAUCCGCUUCCUGGCGGUGGGGCUGUUCAUGUACUUCAGAAGUCAGAAAGGACACUCUGGACUUCAGCCAACAGGUAAAGCUCUUUAA